GUGACUAUGGCCGGCAGGUGAACAAAAUCUUGGGAAGUUUGACCUUCGCCCGCGAAAUCGAUCAGCACACAAUGCAUGCCGGUGAUAAAGGGCCCAGUACAUGUAACGGCAUCAUCUACAGAAACUACGUAAACGUACGGUAGGCCCACAUGUAGAAAUUUUGACAAAACACACUGGUUAAUAGAAGAGCAAGUAGUACGUACAGUUUUCAGCGUGAGGUCUUGUACCGUCCGCGGGAAGAUGGAAGCGAUUGACGGCAUGAUGGCUCUCGACGCCCGCUCGGUACUCAUCGGUCUCGUGGUGUUUCUGGUUCUGUAUCGUCUCCUUCGCCGUACGCCGCGUAAUCUGCCGCCUGGCCCCACGGGUUGGCCGGUGCUAGGCUAUCUACCACAGCUCGCCAUGGCAAAAGAAGAUCCGCAAAAAAUAUUCUCCAAACUAGCUGCCAAAUACGGUGACGUGAUCAGUGUGAAUGUGGCGGGAAAUCUGCUGGUGGUUCUACACGGAGUUGACGCCAUUAAAGAAGCCUUCAAUCAGCCGCAGCUGAGUGCUAGACCGAAACUACACGUGAGCGAGAAGCUUCGCCCUGGGGUUGGUAUUUUUAUUUCGUCUGGCGAGAUCUGGACAAAGAUCCGGAGAUUUUCCUUGACCGUUUUAAGAGGCUUCGGAGUGGGCAAGUCCAGCUUCGAAGAGAACAUCGCAACGGAGGCAAAGUUCCUGAUCGAAGAAUGGAAGAAAGAGGCAGGAACUCCCUUCGAACCCAGACACCUGAUUUCACGCUCCGUCUCCAACGUCAUCUGCGCCGUGGUCUUCGGCGAGAGGUUCCAGUACACCGACGAGAUGUUCAGGCGUCUCAUCCACUGCACCGAUGACGUCUUCGAAAAGAUCGGAGCCGGGGGCGCCAUCGAAUUCUCGCCCUUCCUUGCCAAACUCACGUUCCUGCCUGUCGUCCGGAGAUACAAGGAGUCAGCCCAAGCUCUGGUCGACCAGAUUUUGUUAAUGGUAAAGAAGCACAAUCAGGACUACGACGCCGACAACAUCCGCGAUUUCAUCGAUACGUUCCUUAAAGAGCAGAGCAAAUUCGGCGAGUCUGAGGUCUUUAAUGUCGACAACAUGAGACAAGUGGUCGGCGACCUGUUCGUGGCUGGUAGCGAGACCACCACGACGACCCUGCGUUGGAGUCUGCUCUACAUGAUGGCCUACCCCGAGGUACAGACCCGAGUGCAGAAGGAGCUUGAUGACGUCACAGGAAGGAAUCGAUUCCCCCGGAUGUCAGACAGACCUGAUCUGCCGUACACAGAGGCAGUUAUCUGUGAGCUGCAACGGAUCAGCACCAUCGUACCCCUAAGCGUACCCCACGUUUGCUCUGAGGACACCACAGUUUUAGGGUACGAUAUUCCGAAGGGCACUUUUCUCCUCGCUAACCUGUGGCACAGCCACUUCGACCCUGCGGUAUGGGAAGAGCCCAAGUCGUUUCGUCCGGAGCGAUUUCUGGAUGACGACGGCAAAGUGAUCAGCCGCGAUGAGUUGACCCCUUUCGGCAUAGGUCGGCGAAUCUGUCUAGGAGAGCAUCUUGCCAGGAUGGAACUCUUCAUCUUCUUCACUCUCCUCCUGCACGAGUUCACCUUCAAGAAUCCCCCAGAUGGUCCCCCUGUGUCACUCGAAGGCACCAACACCUCGACCUGGGCGCCCAAGAAUUACAAAGUCUGUGCUAUCCCUCGAGGGUGACCGACUCACAUAGGCGACUUCUAAUCAGUA